GUGGGCGAGGGGGGCGCUGGGGGGAGCCCCAUCCCGAUCUUCCCCCCCCUCCGCGCACAAAGCGGCGGCCAUGGAAGAGGAGCUGAAGUGCCCGGUGUGCGGCUCGCUCUUCAGGGAGCCCAUCAUCCUGCCCUGCUCGCACAAUGUCUGCCUGCCCUGCGCCCGCACCAUCGCCGUGCAGACCCCGGAGAGCGAGCAGCACCUGCCGGCCCUGCUCCACCCGCGGGGCACCGCCGCUCCGGCCCCGGCCCCGGGGCCGCCCGGGGGCUCCGCCGCCCCCCUGGACCCGGAGUGCGCGGCGGGCGGCGGCGGGGACCACGCGGACAAGCUGAGCCUGCACAGCGAGACCGACAGCGGCUACGGCUCCUACACCCCCAGCCUCAAGUCCCCCAACGGCGUGCGGGUGCUGCCGCUGGUGCCCGCGCCCCCGGCCGGGGCGGCCGGGGCGGCGGCUCCGCGGGGCGCCGCCGGCUCGUCCCUCACCUGCCCGCAGUGCCACCGGAGCGCCUCCCUGGAGCAGCGCGGCCUCCGCGGCUUCCAGCGCAACCGGCUGCUGGAGGCCAUCGUGCAGCGCUACCAGCAGGGCCGCGCCGCCGCCGCCAAGUGCCAGCUGUGCGACCGCAGCCCGGCCGAGCCGGCGGCGGUGCUGUGCGAGCAGUGCGAGGUGCUGUACUGCGCCGCCUGCCAGCUCCGCUGCCACCCGGCCCGCGGGCCCUUCGCCAAGCACCGCCUGGCGCCGCCGCCCGGCCACCCCGGCGCCCCCGGCGGCGACGGGAAGGGGGCGGGCGGCGGGCGCAAGCCGGCGACGUGCGCCGAGCACGACCUGGAGCACUACAGCAUGUACUGCGUGAGCUGCCGCAGCCCCGUCUGCUACCAGUGCCUGGAGGACGGCCGGCACGGCAAGCACGACGUCAAGGCCCUGGGAGCCAUGUGGAAGCAGCACAAGGCACAGCUGUCUCAGGCUUUAAAUGGUGUUUCAGAUAAAGCAAAGGAAGCUAAAGAAUUUUUGGUUCAGCUGAAAAAUUUAUUGCAGCAGAUACAGGAGAAUGGGUUGGAUUACGAAGCCUGUCUUGUUGCUCAGUGUGAUGCCUUGGUCGAUGCGUUAACACGACAAAAGGCCAAACUGCUCACAAAAGUUACCAAAGAACGUGAGCACAAACUAAAAGUUGUUUGGGACCAGAUAAAUCACUGUACGCUGAAGCUACGUCAGUCAACAGGGCUUAUGGAGUACUGCCUAGAAGUUAUCAAAGAAAACGAUCCCUCUGGGUUUUUACAGAUUUCAGAUGCUUUAAUCAAACGUGUUCAGGUAUCCCAGGAACAGUGGGUCAAAGGAGCCUUGGAGCCAAAAGUGUCUGCUGAGUUUGACCUGACACUGGAUAGUGAACCUUUACUGGAGGCGAUUCACCAUCUGGAUUUUAUUCAGAUGAAAUGUAGGGUUCCUGUUACAGUGCCACCCGUCCCAUUACUGCAGCUGGAGAAGUGUUGCACCAGAAACAACAGUGUGACAUUGGCCUGGAGGAUGCCACCUUUGAGCCACAACCCGGUGGAGGGUUAUAUCUUGGAACUUGAUGAUGGAGAUGGUGGCCAAUUCCGAGAAGUAUAUGUUGGCAAGGAGACUCUAUGCACUAUCGAUGGCCUUCAUUUCAACAGCACCUAUAAUGCAAGAGUUAAAGCUUUUAACUCAUCAGGAGUUGGUCCUUACAGCAAGACAGUUAUUUUACAGACAUCAGACGUGGCGUGGUUCACCUUCGACCCCUCCUCAGCUCACAGGGACAUAGUGCUGUCAAACGACAACCAGACCGCCACCUGCAGCAGUUACGAUGACCGGGUUGUUCUUGGCACAGCCGCCUUCUCCAAGGGUGUGCAUUACUGGGAACUGCACGUGGACCGGUAUGACAACCAUCCCGAUCCUGCCUUUGGCAUCGCCAGGAUUAACGUCGUCAAGGACAUGAUGUUAGGCAAGGAUGACAAGGCUUGGGCCAUGUAUGUUGACAACAACCGCAGCUGGUUCAUGCACUGCAAUUCUCACACCAACCGGACUGAAGGAGGAGUCUCUAAAGGUGCCACCGUUGGUGUUCUCCUGGAUCUGAACAAGCACAACCUGACCUUCUACAUAAAUGGGCAGCAGCAAGGGCCUCCAGCUUUUGAAAACAUUGAGGGUGUCUUCAUGCCUGCACUGAGCCUCAAUCGAAAUGUCCAGGUGACGCUGCACACAGGACUGGAGGUGCCACAAUGUGUAAAGCAGCCAAAGUUGCCCAGCAACUAACGAAGCUCCUGCCUGAGCCCCUGCUGGAUCUGUAAGCUUUCUCAGUGUGAUUUGGCACCUUUUAGUAAGCCAGCAAAAAAGCAUUCUCUUCCCUACGUAAAAUGUUGUACACCGUGUUGCUCACUGAGUACUCCACUGGUUACAGCUCGCCCACUCCAUCUUUAAUUUAACAAGCCAUAGCAAGCAUACCCACAGAACUGGCACUUGAUUACAAAUGGGUACCUGCACGUAUCUAUACUGCAUUGCAUACAUGUGCACACAUGCAUACACAUAUUUAUAAGGUGAAAAGUUAAAUGAGUGUAUUUUCUCUCCCAUGGCUGGAUUUGUACGCAAAAGAUAUUAAGGGCACUUGAAAAAAUGGGCAAGACUAGGACAGGGGAACACUGGCACAAUUCACCAGUUGGUGAACUGGGUUCCUUUGCCUCCUGAAAUUCUUAGUUCAAGGCAAUGUGUAUUUUGGCAGCUGAAGUGGAAGCUGUGUGCUCAGUUAAAGAAUUCACGUGCAAGAUUCUUUUGUCUGUUACUUCCAGGGGCUCAAAUGACCUUAACUAUUCCUUCUGGCUCUAGACUACAGUAAGUUGUGACUCAUGUUCCCCUAGAAUUCAGUGGCAGAACUUGCACUUCAAUGAGAAUAAGAUCUUUUUCCAAAUGCUGUCACACAAUAGUUGUGCUCAUUUGCGCUUGCACCACGAUAACUGCGCAAUUCAGAUACGAAGGGUAGAGAGAAAAAUACUCCUGAUACAUUUUCAUAUUUCUUAAUUGUGAUUGUGGGGACUAUCACACAGAGAUGUGGUUGUGUUUAUCAGCACAACUCUUGAAAAAUGAUGCAGGGUAGAUCCUUUCAAAUUUAAUUGAUAAGAGAUUUAUUUAGAUAUGGUAUAUGCAAAGUAUUCCACACAGAGAAAUGCUGCUUUCUAGCCUUUAUGCUGAUAAGUCCUGGGCAGCUGUAGUUCCAAUGUAGCUUUGAGAUCAAAAGCCUUAAUUUUCUAUUAGAUUAGGGUGAUGUAUCUAAUGUCUUGACUUCCAUGAAACAUUUGAGCAAGAGAGAUUCAUAGGAUUAAUGCUAAAUCCAUUCUGAAGAUUUUUUUCUGGAUUGGGACAUUAAUACUUUGCCAGACUUGACUGUAUCUUGAAUCUCCCUUGAAAGCAAGAAGCCAUUUCAGAUGCUGUCCAUGACAAUGUGAGUCUGACCGACGUGGAACUUCCCCUAACCACGGCACUUCCACCUGCAUGCUGUUGUCAGAAAACAUACUGGUUUGUGUGAGUGUUUCUUUUCCUCUAUAACAAGUUAACAUAUGCACUGCGUGUGCAGAGCGGUAAUGCAUAAGAACAAGCUGCAGCAGACUGUGUGAGCCCACAACACCUCAGACUGUCAUUUGUCAUUUUGUCCAAUCCUACGUAAGUGCAGGCGGUAUCAAACGAUACCACAAGCAUCAACUCAUAUAUCCUAUUGAUGUACCAUGUCCUUUUCUUAAAUUCUGCUGCUUAUACAGAUUUUCCCCUCUAAGCAGACGUAUAAGCACAUGCAUAUUGCUGUCAGACAAGCAAUUAUGAAGCCUGGAAACAAAUAUCCUAACCCAAAUCCAGCUUACUGCCUUGCUUAAACCAUAGCCACAGGACCAACAGCCCAGGCUUCCCUUAAGGCAGCCUGGGGCAGGUGCACCUUCAGUCCCUGGCCUGAGCACAUCACUCAGGUAGCGCUGAGUGCUGGCAAGGCUGCGCUGUGACAGAGCAGCCAGCAGCCUCACUGGUGGCAUCCCACCCUGCGGCCACUGCGGGGAGCGGAAGGCAACCCGGCGUGAAAUAGUCAGGGGCUAUUUCACAGGUGAAAUGCAGCCUGCCACCACAGUGCCUGUAACCAGCUAAGCAUCUUGUAGCCCUCCUCUCCUGCAGAACGGCAAUGCACCUUCAGGGAUGUCAAGACUGAAAUAGGAAACAAAACCAACAACAGGAAAAAAAUAAACUGUUAAGCAGGGAAAGCAACUGUACUUUCGUCAAAGUCUGAAAUGGAUUGUAUUAGUAAACUUUCAAAACACUGGAAUAACUGCUAUGCUCAUCUUGAUUUCUUAAGGAAUAGCAGAAACCAACUGUGUUUUAAUUUUGGGUGUGUUAAAUGCCAUAUGAACUCGUGCAGGAUUUUCUAAUUUAGUGGGUCUGCUUUAACCUACCUCAGCUAGAAUGCUAUUGGACCCUGAAUUUCCUCUUGAGCAUGCUCAUCGUAAAAUUGUCUUCAGUGAACCUAAAAGCUGUAGUCACAGCGUUGGCUUUGAGUAUUGCCAGUCAGAGCAGUGUGGGGGAAUACUGUACAUAAGUUGCACAUAGUUUUUUUAUAUUGAAAAACAUCCCAUGGUAAUUUUAAUACAGAAGGCACUCCACUUUCACUUUUCUUAUUAAAAACAACCAGACAUUGUUUGUUUUGGGACUGAACCUUUGUCUUUACUCCCAGCAUCUGUGAAGGAAAUUCAAAUGAAUUUAGAUCUUUCCACUCUUCAACCAUUGCCAGAUGUUUAAAUUUAAUUCUGAAUGGGUUUUAGAAGUGUUGCAGUACUUGGUUUUGGUUUGCAUAGUUGCUUUGGUAUGGGUUCCUAGUGUUGUACCUCGGGGAGAAUGCAGUGAGUGAUACCAGUUACUAAGUUUUAAUGGAAAUAUGGACGGUAGGGACCCGCAUCAGCUCCAUAAAGAAGCUCACAGAAGCUCAUUGUUGUUCUAACACUCUUACAAGUAGGGUACAGACUAGCUACCAUUACAGUCUCUCUUUAACCUAGUGGAGAUGCAAAUAAAAUAAAAGGAAUACAGUUAGAAGUAGGUAUCCUGCAUUAGUAAGACUAAUUUAGCCUAGGUCUAAACCUAAACAAAGUGGGUGUAUGUGUUGGUUGUGUACAAAUUCAAGGACUUGGAUUUGGCAUGGUCCAUAGCAAUAAGCCAAGUUACCCCAAGAGAGUGUAGUCUCACGACUUAGCUGGAUGCAUUUUGGUAGUUUAACAGAAAUAAUGCUUAAGUAGAUAGAAUUACGCUAGGAAACGAAUUACUACACACGUAUAUUUAUGCAGAGCAUCCAGAUGGCAGCGGGAGCCAUCUGAACAUAGAGCAGAGCAGAAUUUGCCUUUUGCAGAACAGCAUCAGGUGGGGAGAAGCAGGGCACUUUCACCUCUCUGCUCAGGCAGGAGAUAGCUUGUUUCUCUGCAGGCAACUCUCCCAUCUGGUUAUAAACCCAACAGUCUGCAUGUUCUUCAUCUACAGCAUCUCUUUUGCCAGCUUUUAUUUCCUCCAAAUCCCUUCCCUGGGAGGGAGCCAGCCUUUUGUAGUGCGGUCCUUGCAGAAAUUGUGUUGCUGACUAUCCAGGAGGAACCCAGGGGACCGAAGGGUGGCAUAGAUACCAAAGGGGUCCACUUCGGAUGUCUCUUGCUUCCUUUUGAUUCUUUGGGAUAUUUGUGCAGCUCUCUGGGGCCCCAAGCUCCUGGUCCUCCUGCUUCCCAGGCAUCUGGGCAAGCACAGAGCUGCUUUUUGUGGGACGCAUCUGUUCCUGGAGCGCAGGCUCUUUCCUGUAAGUAAGAGAGCAAAGCCUUUUGCUCUGGGAUGAAUCUCAUCCCCUGUGGUGCAGAGUCCACAUAAGGCAGUUGUAAAUUGACUAAAUGUUUAUGAAGAAGCACGUCCUCCCCUCUAAUAAGCACAAUGAAACUUGAUUUCUGAAUAUGUCAAUUGGGAACAUCUGCACAGCUGCUGAAUGAAUGCAGUAGGCAAACUUUCUGUCCUGCAGAGCAAGGGACUCUUAGUUUUCAUCUACCCACACAAACCCAAACAUUAUCCUUUGUGAACCAUUGUCCUGACUCUUUCCUCUGCAAAUUUCCCUAUUAAGUGUAGUGGGACCAAACGGAAGAAUUGUGCCAUCAGGGGCAGUCAGCUCUCCCACUGAAUGCAAUGCUACACAAUUUCCUCAACCUGUGUUUCCCUCCUCAGCCCAGAAAGAGUUCUUGCGAAGAUCUCUUACUAAGAGAGCACAGACCUAGCUGACAAGCUCUUCCUACUUCUGAGGUUGAAGGAUGCACACUAAAAUACGUCAGCAAGGAUGGUAGGAUGCUGUGAUGCAUCUUGAAUUUGGAAAGCAAUUUGGCUUCUAAAACAUAGAAGACAGGCAAACAGCACUGUCACCUCCCCUAUUUGCCAUACCUUAAAGAUAUAAAAAGAAAAAUAUAUUGGACUGAGUUAAAAAAAAGCUUACAUAUAUCAGAAUUUAAGAGGAAAAGUAUCAAAUGUAAUUUAUUAUGUGCAUAGUGUUCCAUCAUGUUGUAAAUAAAACCAUUACAGUGUAUUGCUGUAGUUUGUUCUUGGCUGGUGAUCAGAGUUCUGUUGUAGUGCUGUGUGAAUUCUGUUUUUAAUUUUCUUUUCAAAGUAUAAUUAGUAAAGAUGGCACAGAGCACCACUACCCUAGUUUCCUAGUUGUUCUAGAGCAAGAAGAAAUGUGAUAUGCAGAUUUUUUUUUUCUUUCUUACAUAUUAACAUUAAAAGAAGAAAGAGAAAGAGAGUCAAGGUUAAGCUGCCACUACCACCAUGUGAAAAAUGUUAUGUUUGUGAUUGCCAAGGAGGUGGUGCACUUUGGAUCACAAUUAAGACGACCUGUUCCUGUGAGAAGGGAUGCAAAGUACAACAACCUGUUAACAGCAGCUUUCUGGUACCUUCUACUACAUCCUUUGUUCACAAAGAGAAAGAUGGAAAGAUAGAGUUGUUAGACCUCAUCUCAGGCUUUAUCAGCUUUGCAGCAUUCUGCUUAAAUAGCAGAGGAAAAAUUAACCUUUGAACCAGGUAAAAUGCUAUGAAAAACCCAAACAUCUUGGCUAGCUCAACUUUGGAAGGGAGAUCACAAGUCCAUCAACAGAUUAUGGUAACAAAUCAAACACAUUGCAAAAGUAAAGGGCACUUGUCACUGAAAACUAUGAAAGAUGGAGAGUCAUCUUACUAUUAUUAAUUUUUAUUAACUUUUUUUUUUUUUUUAAGUGAGCUGCUUCUAGUUUUUAUUGACAACAUUUCUGCUGAUUGCUCUGUCCAGUACUACUGAGCGCUGCACACACAAAUGGCUGGAGUGGCACCGUGAAGCACAAAUCCACCACAAAUAAGAUGCACUCAGUCUUCUUACAUGGAGAAGCCCCUAUGCAAGCCACAAAAACUAGGUAUGUGAGGUUUCUGCAUCUUCACACAAUACAGGAAACAGAUGUGUGUUGGCUGAGCUAGAUACUCCGCAGCAUUUUCCCCUUCUGUUAAGUGACUUUCUGUUGCAUUUGUUAUUAGAAGCAAAUCCAAGCAGAACAGUACUAAAUAAUUUUUUUCUGCUAAUUGGAGGAUUUUUAAUAUUUUCUUGUAAGUCAGUAGAUCUAAGUAUUUAUGGAUCCAGGUCACAUUCUUCCAUCCUGAUGGCUGCUACCACCUUCCUUUAAUGUUGUCAAUAAAAACUAACCUUUCUAGGUAGCAUGGUGAGAAGACAUUAUGUGAUGAAUAUUGAAAUAAAUGCAUGAGGUAAAACUGCUGUUAUUUCUGAUUGUUAUAUGAAGCAUGAAUAACACUAAUUUAAAUGUUGGCAACCAAAAAAAGCGCAAAGGAAUAAGAUAAUGGUGUUCACUUCUGGUUAAGUGAAGGACGAGAAGUUUUUUCUUUCUUCUUAACCACAACAUUUUUUUUCUUUAGCAUCAUUUCCCAUACCUUAUAUGAAUUUGGACCUGGUGAAAUAUACAUCUCUUCUGUAUGUGUCUGUCACCAGAUCAAGAGGAAAAUAGAAACUUUUAUAAUUUUGUAUCUGUAGCCAGAGUUUGUAUUUUUUGAAUUGGAAACCAACUGCUUUUUGUCUUUUGGUCUAAAACUUUGUGUAUUAUUAUUACUCUUUUGGAAAAACCUGACAUAUGAGUUUAUGCCGUUUUACAGUUUCUAAAUAAAUUCUUAAAACAUUGCCAACAAAUUCA